GUUUCACUGGAAUCCUAGGAAGCGUCUGUGCGCGACGUGGAUGUGCGCAUGCGCAGAAACUCUAGCUGCUGGAGAACUUUUUGAUUGACACUUUGUUUGAGUGUGUAACAUCUGCAGUUCGGCGCUUUGAACCAGCCGAUGCGGUUCGGGAAUGAGUUUGGGUCCGGUCAACCCGCUGCUGUGGUUCCGGGUGUGUGAUGAGGGCGAUCUGGAGAGCGCGCGGCGGGUUCUGGAGGAUCCGGGCGGGUUCGGUCAUGUGGACGGGACCGAUGAGGAGGGAAACACGGCGCUGAUGUUCGCGGCGGCCGGAGGACACGAGCAGCUGGUUCGGUUCCUGCUGAGGAAGGGAGCGUCAGUGGACCGACGGAACCAUUACGGCUGGACUCCUCUGAUGCAGGCGGCCAGGUUCGGUCAUGUGACCGUGGCUCAUAUCCUGCUGGAGAACGGCGCCGAGAUCAACGGCAGGAACCGGAUGGGCGCCAGCGUCCUCACCAUGGCCGCGCGCGGAGGUCACGCUCACCUGGCCAAACUCCUGCUGGAGAACGGCGCCUUCGUGGACGACUUCGACCACCUGUCGGCAGCGGACGGGAACGGCAGCGUCCCCGGAGACAACGGCAGGACGUUCCUGGAGAUCACGGCUCUGCUGGCCGCCGCUCAGCACGGGCACGAGGCCGCGGUCCGGCUGCUGCUGGAGUGGGGCGCGGACGUCAGUUUCUGUCAGAAGAGCACGGGCUGGAGCGCGCUGAUGCUGGCGGCCGCCGGCGGGACUCUGAGCGUCACACAGCAGCUGGUGGAGCGAGGAGCCGACGCCGAUCAUCUCAACGUCCUGGGCAAGACGGCCUUCGAGGUGGCGCUUCAGCUGCAGCACAGAGAGGUGAAGAACUACCUGGACACCAUCACCACCGUCCGGCCGCAGCCAGAUGAUGAGAAGAAACGGCCUGAUGUCUUCCAUGCGCUGAAGUUAGGAAACGCUCAGCUGGUGAAGGAGAUCGUGGAGGAGGACGCGUCGCAGGUGAACGUGUCGAACGCAGACGGCGCGUCUCCGCUGAUGAUGGCGGCCGUCAGUGGGCAGCUGGAGGUGGUGCAGCUGCUGGUGGAGAAACACGCAGACGUGGACAGACAGGACUCGGUGCACGGCUGGACGGCGCUCAUGCAGGCCACGUACCACGGGAAUAAAGACGUGGUGAAGUUUCUUCUGAAUCAAGGCGCUGACGUCAACCUGAGAGCCAAGAACGGAUACACGGCCUUUGACCUGGUCAUGCUCCUGAACGACCCUGACACUGAGCUGGUGCGGCUGCUGGCGUCGGUGUGUAUGCUGCUGGACAGAGAUAAGAGCAAACACAGAGGAAAAUCUCCCGCCAAGAGACGGACGUCUCUCAACGUGCCACUGCCACCCGAUGACAGAGGCGGCCUGAAGUCCUGGUGGAAUCGCAUGUCCAACCGCUUCCGCAGACUGAAGCUGACGCACACGCUGAGACACGGCCUCUCCACCAAUCGGCUCGCUCCGUUCCCCGACGACCCCGCCCUCCCUCUGGACGCCACCAUGAAAGCGCAGGGCGGCAGUGAGGCGGAGUCCAGCGCUGAGGUCAGCGCCGCAUGGACCAAGAGUAAAGACUGCGGUUUGAACGGAACAGGAAGUGGGAAAGAUGACUUCCUCAUCACGACAAUGCUGAGGAACGGAGCGCCGCUCGCUCGUCUGCCCAAUGAGAAGCUGAAGGCCGUCAUCCCGCCCUUCCUGCCGCCGUCUAACUUUGAGCCGUGGAGCUCGGAGCGCUGCGGCUCAGUGAAGGAGGGCCGGAGCGGAAACAUGCCUCAGAGACCCGGCAGAACCAGCUGCACCAACUCUGAUAUAACGUCCAUUAGUCGAGUGGUCAGCAGGUCCAUCAAGUUUCCCAGCAUCACCAAAGGCCCCUCCCCCUCCAACUCAGGCAACUAUAACUCCGCCCACUCCUCAGGCGGGUCCAAUGGUGUGGGAGGAGUCAACCGUCAUGCCUCUGACUCCCACAACCGCUCAGGUGGCAGCGGUGCGGACAGUGUUCUGUCUCAGAUCGCGGCUCAGAGGAAGAGAGCGGCUGGUCUGUUGGACAGCAGGACGGUUGCCGUUGAGACGCCCAGUCCUGCAGCGACGCCGCUGCCCUCUGCGCCCGACAUCAGCCCGCCGGACAGCCACGGCAGACGGAAACUGGAGUUGAAGAAGCGUCCUCAGUCAGGAAACUCGUCCACGUCCAAGAGCACGUCUCCCACCCUCACGCCCUCUCCGUCGCCCACCCCGAAGCCGCCGGCCGCAGACUCGCUGUCAUCCGCGUCCACGCAGCCCCGAUCCAAGAGCAGCGGCGGCUCCAGCAGCGGCACCAUCACCGACGAAGAUGAGCUCUCAGGGAUUCUGAGGAAACUUUCUCUGGAGAAAUAUCAGCCCAUCUUUGAGGAGCAGGAGGUGGACAUGGAGGCGUUUCUGACUCUGACUGACGGAGACCUGAAAGAACUGGGAAUUAAAACAGACGGACCGCGGCAGCAGAUCCUGGCGGCCAUAUCGGAGCUGAACGCUGGGAAAGGGAGGGAAAGACAGAUUUUACAAGAAACCAUCCAUAACUUCCAGUCUUCGUUCGGCAGCAGCGCCAGUAACCCUCGACCCGCGGGACGCCCGCGCUCUCCGUCAGGCUGGAGUCGACACCAGCUGCAGUCGUCCAGCAGACGCUGACGGUCCGAUCGGCGCUGUGAUUCAGAGGGAAGAUGGUGUAACACCCUCGCCUCACACCAGGGGGCGACGCAGCACCACGAGGUCACGGCAGGACGCGUGUGAUUCAGGUCAUGAACGAGCAACUGAACCUUCAGCACGGUUUCGUUCAGAGAACACGUGAACCGCUCCAGACUGAUGAAGGUGUCUGUUUCUGUUCUGUCGUUGUGCAGGACUGUCAUUUAUUAUUAUUAUUAUUAUUAUUAUGUGUUUUAUUUGUACUUACGGAGAGUGCACAAUAUUCUCAGUUUCAGUGAAUCUUACAGUGAAGUUAUAGAUUCAUCUUAAUUCUUCUGGUACAUUAUUAACCCAGCCCAGAUCACGCGUGUCAUGUCUUCUUCCAGUACUGUGUUUAGCCCUGUGAACGGCUCAGACCAGCUCAAGAGUCGUGUGCAGUGAACCGAAUCAGUGACUCGUUCGUUCACACAGCGACUCACUGACCUCAAUAACAGCAGAUUUACUUCCAGCCCACUGAACCUGCUGGAUGUUUGCAAACAUGUGAUUAUUCGUGUCCCUGCGAGAGUUUGUGCUCAGAGACUCUGUUCAAUGAUUGUGAGUUAUUAAUUGAUCUCAUCAGUGGAGAUCAUGUUUAUAUAAUAUUAAACAUGCGAAACGCUCUGAA